AUGGACCAUCUCAAAAGCAGCAUCGCUCUGCUGCCACCGAGCACAUGGGUUCAAGCAUUUUUUCUCGCUGCCGCAGGCGGCAUUCUCGCCUUGCACGUCCUCCCGCGCGACGUCCGCGGCGAGCUCAUAGAUUACGGUGCUAGACGGGCCAACAAUGGCCACCAGCUGAACGGCAAGAGCAGCGGCAAGUCAAGAAGCGUGCUGGCUUUGGCCACUUCGCUCAUGAGCUCCGCCCAGGUUCCGCACUCGUGGUUCUGGCACUUCUACGCCCUCUCCGUCUUCUCGUCGGCCUUUUGGGCCUGGCAAUACGCUCGGAGAGGGUCGUUCCUGGCCUCGCUGGCAGAGGCGCAAGCUCGAUCGGGAGGCCCCUCGGUGGGUAUGGGACACAUCUUGCUGGCAUGGUUGAUGAUGGUCUCGCAAGGCACAAGACGUCUGUACGAGUGCUUCUUCGUCCUCAAGCCGGGACGAACCCCCAUGCUCUUGGCCCAUUGGAUCCUGGCUCUGGCCUAUUACGCCGCCAUCAAUGUUGCCGUCUGGAUCGAAGGGUCGGGCGCCAUUCUCGAUUCGUGGACGUCGCAACACCACCUCGCCCUGACCUUCACUUCCCGGGACAUUGCUGCCAUGGUCGUCUUCGUCGCCGCCUGGCUGACGCAGAACCAGUGCCAUCGGCACCUUGCCAGCCUCAAAAAGUACACCCUUCCCAGCGAGGGCGCGUUUGGCUAUCUCGUCUGCCCUCACUACACAUGCGAAUGCGUCAUCUACCUCGCCAUCGCCCUCAUGGUGGCGCCGGCUGGCAGUUUCUUCAACACCUCGGUUCUGUCUGGCGCCGUUUUCGUCGUAGUCAACCUCGGGGCCACGGCCCAGGGUACCAAGCAGUGGUACGCCCAGAAGUUUGGGGCUGACAAGAUCGCCGCUCGAUGGGCCAUGAUCCCCUUCGUAUUCUAG